UCCAAAACUUUAGAGAGUGUUUUGAAAGUAUAGGGUACAAAUGUGUUAUUGGGCCAAACUACAAAAUUCAAUCACAAACUCUUGUGCUCGCAGAAAUUUCCACCAGUCUAAUUGAAUUGAACUCUUUGUUGAUCAUCUCAAUUUGGCCUAAUUCUUCAUGCUUUACAUAGGUUUUUACCAACUAAAAAGAACAAGAGGAGGUAUCAGAUAGACAAUGAGAUAAAAGCAAUGCUAAGGGAAAUGAUCCAGAAGAAAGAGAAAGCCAUGUCAAAUGGGGAAUCAUGUGAGAGUGAUCUACUAGGCUUGCUUUUACAAUGCAAACAACAGAUUGAGAAUGACAUGACAAUUGAAGAUAUAAUAGAAGAAUGCAAGUUGUUCUACUUUGCUGGCCAAGAGACCACUGCUAACUGGCUUACAUGGACGAUGAUUGUCUUGUCUAUACAUCCAGACUGGCAAGAGAAGGCAAGAGAAGAGGUUCUACAGAUCUGUGGGAAGAAAACCCCUCAGCUUGACUCAAUAAACCACCUCAAGAUUGUUUCAAUGGUUCUACAUGAGGUUAUAAGGUUGUAUCCGCCUGUGAUGGGUUUAUAUCGACACACUCUCCAGCAAAACGACAUCGGUGGCUUGUGGCUUCCUGCUGGGGUCGACAUUUUCUUACCAAUACUGCUAUUACAUCACAAUCCCGAAUACUGGGGCGAUGAUGUGGGAGAAUUCAAACCAGAGAGAUUCGCUGAAGGAGUUUCCAAGGCAUCAAAAGAUCAGCUUGCAUUCUAUCCAUUUGGUUGGGGACCAAGAAUCUGUUUAGGCCAAAGCUUUGCCAUGAUAGAAGCAAAGCUUGCUCUAGCCAUGAUUUUGCAACAUUUUUCAUUUGAGCUUUCUCCUUCAUACACACAUGCCCCCUAUACUGUUAUAACCCUUCAACCGCAACAUGGAGCUCAAAUAGUACUACACCAAAUCUAA